AUGAGCAGCAGUCUUAGUCUGAGCCAGAGUCAGAGUCAGAGUCUCGGUUGCCAGUCAGACAACGAGACUGACGGACGCUGCACCCGAAGAGACUACAACCACGACAACGACAACGACAACGAUGAUGAUGAUGAUGAUGACACGGACAUAGACAUUGCUGCCUGUCUUGCACAGUGGCAUAGCUUAAGCCCGACCCAUGGCAAGUGCACACAAAGCAUCUUUGGUGCAUUGCUUGAGUCGGACUUACACAUCUUUGCCUUCCGACCAGAAUUCAGUAACAUAGAAAAGAGCUUUCAGGCCAGGUAUGCGGCGGCUUUUAGGCUGACAGACAAUGUAAGCGAGGUGUUCCAGUUACGAAACAGUUUUAAUACCAGUUGGGCCUACAUCAUUCCAAAGACGAAAUGGCAUGUUAUUGAGACUCAGCAGCAUUACUUUCAGAAGCCGCUUUUUCGCUACUCUGAUCUGUGCCUAUCCGGAAACACUCCCCACAGUAUUCUGGUGUCCGAGGAAUCCAUCUAUAGGGAAGCUGUGAAUUUAUUCGCGAUGAGGGCACGACAGUCAGGCCUAAUGUUUCAUUGGUUGACGCAUGGUUUCAAUGACAUGGUAACUGCAGGUCGUAUGUGCCUCAAGGAUUACAGCCAAAGCGACCAGUGGCGAAUUCUACGUCUGAAGGACUUACAGUUUGCCUGGCGUUGCUGUGGUGCUGGAUUACUCCUAGCGCUGAUCGUGUUUAUAGUUGAGCUACUGAGAUUCUACGUCGAAGUGUGGCUGGACAACUUGUAA